GCAUGAACAUGAUGUUCUCUUAUGAUCAAGCCACUGUGAGGUUUGUAGACAGCCUCGGAAACAUUGCAGGCGUGGUGUCACAACUUCCUUUUUGCACUCAUAGAUUUAGAUAGACAGGCUCGAGAGUAGCAGACAAGAGCACGCCAGUUCAUCGCCAUGUCAAACCCAGUCAUUAGUCAUCAACCUGGUGCAGCUUCUUACGGCACCAACGUGCAGACAGGAGAGUGGAGCACAGGCCUGUGCUCAUGCUGUAAUGACCUGCUUAUCUGUGCCCUUGGUUGCAUCUGUCCAAUUGCAGUGGGCUGCUACACAGCAAACAAGUAUGGUGAGAAUGCAUGCCUAGCAUGUGUUCCUGGUGGGAUGGCAGCUAUGAGGACACACAUGAGACUGACCUACGGCAUCCAAGGUACAAUAUGCAAUGACGCCCUGAUGACCUGCUGCUGUGGAAUAUUUGAGACUUGUCGAAUGGCCAGAGAAAUUCGUAUUAGAAAUGGAGAGGCCUAAUAUUUCUACAGUAAUUUUGUGCUUUGUAGCAGAUAACCCCAUCACUGCAGGCUAUAGAUUUGUAUUGUCCUUUUUUUUUUCUUUCUGUUUUGUAAGAAAUAUUUUCUUGGCUUUUCCCAGACUGCUACACAUUUAAAAUAGACUGUUCAAUUUGAAGGUGUUUUUUAUAAAUAUGUGAAAACAACUUCAAAUUGAACAGUCUAUUUUAAAAACCCAAAGAAAAUAUUUAUGUAAAUUUCUAUGUCUGGGGAAAAAAAUUUGGUUUGGGCAAAAAAAAUAUAUAUAUUUUUAAAUAUUAUUUUAUUUUAUUGUCUUUGCUCUACUUUAAAGAAAAUAUAAUAUAUGUAACCAAAAAUGUGGAAAUUUUUCACUCUGCACAGAUAUCACUGGACAAUAUUUGAAACUUUUUUUAAUGACCUAAUAAAAAGGCAUAAUAAACAAACAGA